AUGCCGAUGCAUCCAGUCACCUCCACGUUGAUGUACCGGGGGGUCUGCACCAUCCCUGACAUCCUCUCCUACAGGACCCCGGUGAACCUGCCCGAAGACGAAGUUGAAGAAAUACGUGAGGCCUUCAAAGUAUUUGACCGUGAUGGGAAUGGAUUCAUCUCAAAGCAGGAGCUGGGAAUGGCCAUGCGCUCCCUUGGCUACAUGCCAAAUGAGGUGGAGCUGGAGGUCAUCAUCCAGAGACUGGACAUGGACGGUGAUGGCCAGGUGGACUUUGAAGAGUUUGUCACUCUUCUGGGCCCAAAGCUGACGGCAGCUGGGUUGCCAGAUAAGUUCCACGGCACUGACUUUGACUCUGUUUUUUGGAAGUGUGACAUGCAGAAGUUAACGGUCGAAGAGCUGAAAAGGCUUCUGUACGACACCUUCUGUGAUCACCUUUCCAUGAAAGACAUCGAGACCAUCAUCAUGACUGAGGAGAACCACAUAGAGAACCCUGGGGAGUGCCAGGUGGAUAUAGACACUUCCAGCCCGACGCAGCAAGUCAAGCAAACUUGUGUGCGCAAGAGCCUCAUAUGCGCCUUUGCCAUAGCUUUCAUCAUCAGCGUCAUGCUCAUCGCAGCCAAUCAGGUGCUGCGGAGUGGCAUGAAAUAGGAACUGUGGCAUUUUCAGCCUUGAACACCACCUAAAGGCUGCCUUACAGAUACAGAUAAAGCUAAAAAAACAAAAAACAAAUAACAGACAAUCGCACAGCUGUAAAACAGGCCAACAUAUGACCGUAGAGUAACUGGAGUUACCAAGGACACUACAUGUGCAGGAAUUGCUGACAUGCUGACAACUUACAGAGCUUCAAGGACAACAGGACCUCACAUGUGUUUAAAGUGGACAGCUGACUAUACAUAUCACUCUUCGUAAAACAACAUUUAGUAUUCAUUAGCUGUGUGCACUCGAGCAGUGUUUUCAGUAUGGUGGCAGCUAUAGAGAGAAGUGUAGUGUCCAGUUUUGUAUUUGUCCAGUGUACCAUGUGGUUUAUUAUAAACGAGUAGAAAGAAAUCUGUGAAAUAUUGUAAUGACAUUGGAGAAAAUUAGAUAAGAAAGUGCAGUUAUGUGCAAGGUCUGGAGUGCAAAGUGUUGUGGAGCUGUUGUAUGUGUUGCAACAUAGUUCAGAAACCACUUGGGAAUAACAAUACCUUUGUAAGAAACAGAUAAAAUGGUUUGCAGGGAGGUGCAUGUCAUCGUGUGGACAGUUUUACUCAUUCACUGACUGCAGGGCUUCAGCGUGAGAAGGAUGGAGCGGGAUGACGCAGGUGAAUGGCUCUCAGGAGGAAGGUGCAAUCUGAAUGCACAGGUAACUGGCUGGACAUGCAGUGAACACUCAGCUCUCUCUGUCUCCACAGCAGGGCC